CUCGCGAGAUCUCUUGGAAACUUAGAGAACCGGAAAAAACUUGUUGCUCUUUUCUCUUUUGCGGCCAUCGCUGAAGCGACAGCGGCCGAAAUGAAGUUCAAUCCCUUUGUGACUUCUGACUGGAGUAAGAACUGUAAAAGGCACUUCAAUGCACCUUCCUACAUUUUCAGGAAGAUUAUGUCUUCCCCUCUUUCCAAGGAACUGAGACAAAAAUACAAUGUUCGGUCCAUGCCCAUCCGAAAGGAUGAUGAAGUCCAGGUUGUAAGAGGACACUACAAGGGUCAGCAAAUUGGCAAAGUAGUCCAGGUGUACAGGAAGAAAUAUGUCAUCUACAUCGAGCGGGUACAGCGAGACAAAGCUAACGGCACAACUGUCCAUGUGGGCAUUCACCCUAGCAAGGUGGUUAUCACUAGGCUAAAACUGGACAAAGACCGCAAAAAGAUCCUGGAACGUAAAGCCAAAUCUCGCCAAGUAGGAAAGGAAAAGGGCAAAUAUAAGGAAGAAACGAUUGAGAAGAUGCAGGAGUAAAAUAAUCUUGUGUACAGUUUCCAUUAAAAACUGCAAAAAUGAAG